UCUUUUUUAGGGUUUAAGUAGUGUUUGUGGUCUUUAAACACGCGCGUUAGAAGUCCUUUCUUCUAAAAAGCACUGUGUGUGUGUACUUCCUCACUUUAUUUUCACCUAUGCAGCUGAUGGUAUUUCCUUCAAAGCUUUUAAAUCUCCAAGUUUCUGCCGAUUCUGGUCCUGGGUUUCCGAGAAACCUCCAAAAAUGUUUAAAGCAUUCUAGAACAAAAUGUGGUGGUUCUUUUGUUAAGCACUUUGGAAACCACCUCUCUUUUUGAGUGAUGGAAAGUAGCAAGAGAAGCACAAGAAGCAGACCCAGUUCAAGAAUAUCCAAACUGUGUUGUCCAGCUUUGUCUUUUUGGUCAUCCCCAACCAAUCGCCCUCCUGGUCUUCAACUUCUUACCAGCUAGUCUCAUGAAAUUUGCAUUGAUUGAUUGUCUCUGUUUAUGUUCUAUCUUGUAAGAUAGUCCCUUAAAAAUUAUGGAAUUUCCAAGUUCUUUUGAUGGGCUUUCAGGGAAUUGUGAGUUUCAGGAGAUUUUGAGAAAUGGGUCGAUGUCCUCCUCUUCAUUGGUGCUAGAUGGUGAGAGAGGAGAGCUUGUGAGGGCUUUGGUGAGGCCAGGACAAAAGGGGGCAGAUAAGGCAUUGGUGGCGUUGAGGAAUCAUAGCGAGGCGGAGAGACGGCGGAGAGAGCGGAUUAAUGGUCAUCUCUCCACGCUUCGGAGCCUGGUUCCUGGCACAAAUAAGAUGGACAAAGCAUCAUUACUUGCUGAAGCUAUCAACCGCUUGAAAGAACUAAGAAAAAAUGCUGCGGAAGCCACUAAAGGUGUUCUCAUACCGAUGGACAUUGAUGAAGUAAGAGUUGAACAGGAGGAUGGAUCAGAUGGAAGCUCUUUCUCUAUCAGGGCAUCCUUAUGUUGUGAUUAUAGACAUGAAAUUCUGUCUGAUUUAAAGCAAGCUCUUGAUGCCCUCCAUCUGAAAACAGUGAGGGCAGAGAUUUCAACCUUGGGAAGCAGGAUGAUUAAUGUUUUUGUGAUAAAUUGCUGCAAAGAAGAGAACAUUAAAGAUACUGAAGAAUGCCAGCUUCUUGCAACUUCUGUUCGCCAGGCCAUGAGGUCUGUACUUGAUAAAUUUUAUGCUUCACAAGAGUUCUCAUCAAGAACUUCACUUUCAAACAAGAGACGAAGAGCUUCUUUUCUCAAUUCUUCAGGCUCAUCUUCUUUAGACGAUUUCUGGUAAAAAAGGUGAUUUUAAAUGAUAAUUUUCAUUAUUUUUGUCACUUUUCUUUGUUAAUAUGCUUUGGCGUACACAAUGUUGAUCCAGAAGUUUGUAGCAUAUAUGACUUUUUCUUUUCAAACUCCAGAGGGUUUGUAUGCAAUUGUCAUGUGCCUGAUGAUUAGCAGAGGGCUGAAAUGUUGUACUUAAUGAAUAUAAGCAAUAGAUAGUUGAUGUUUGAGUUA